AGACAAUUAUCUUUACGCUGGUUCCAGCUUUCCUAUUUAUGGGCCGGGCUUUCGUUACGAAUGUUGAAAGAAAAACUUAUUUGGGCCGAGUAAUAAAAACAAAAGGGCUUUACAGCAGCUAACUAAUCAUAAGGGCAUUUUCGACCUUUCAGGAAAAACCCUCGGGCGUUAGGUUUUGACCAGAGAGAGUGAGCAACUCGAGUCAAUAGAGAUGAGGCUGAUGACGCACAACAUGCUCUCCUGCAACAUCAAAGGAGUCACGAACGGCUUUCCUCUGAAGAUCGAAGCGGAGAAAGUGAUCGAGAAGGAAGUCGAUUUCAACCCCGACUUCCUCAGGCACAUGUUCGCCAAGAUCGAGUGGAAGGAUCUCGUGGAAGCUGCUCGUUCCUUGGGAUACGCCGAGUUGCCGGAGGAUUCUCCUGACGCGACGGUGAUUGAAUCCGCCGCCGACGAGUCCUUGCUGAAGAAACUCCACCACGCGUUGCUCGAGCUACACCUGGAGGAAGGCGCGCUCGUCUGCCCCGAGACAGGGCGGAAGUUUCCGGUUAACAAGGGAAUCCCCAAUAUGCUUCUCCACGAAGAUGAGGCUUAGUUGAUUGGAUUUAAAAAAAAAAAAAAAAAGAAUGUUCGAUUAGGGUUUUGGCUGUUGUGAUUUGGGAAUCCUUAAAAAUUAAGUAAGUUUUGUCUAUGAUUAUGGUUUCUUUAGGUGUUUUGUUAGGGUUUGCUUUAAGUGAGAUAUGCAGUUCAAACAACAUUCUUAAAUCCCAAGUAAUCCAGUUCUGCCUUC